UUAAGUUAGUAUGGCUCCAGCGCAGACUGUCUGUGACCAGCCGGUAUGGAGGACGCAUUUGCACUCGUCGUUUUAACACUGUUACAACUAUGUCGAGCGGAAAUAUCAAAUACAGAGUGGUAUGCGGCAAAUCUUAUAAACGAUCCGAGCUACACGCCAAAACCCAUUACUGAGAUAUUCACAACUGAUUUAAACUUUUCACCGAAAAUUUCGACGAUAUCAACACAGACAAACCCUCGAAUGACGCCACCUAAUACGACCACAAGAAGUUCUGCUCCUGCAACGACAACAUUUGGAAACAGUGAAACAGCAACGCAACAAGAUCAGGCGCAAAGAAUACCAUUCCAAAUGAUAGGACUACCAGGCCCUCAACAACAACAAAUAAUUACACAAGCAGUAAAUGACCCAAAAAAUGAGCUGUCUAGCUUUUUAUUAAUUUUUGAUCCGAGGCAACAAACUAGUCAAUUAUUUCAACAGCCAAUAAAUACUUCGCCGCCAACGACGACAGUAACUGAAUCUACCACAACUGAAACUACUACCAGGUCAAUGCAAACUCGACCAACAACAGUACCACCUCAGACUUCAACUCAAACUCAAGCAAAUAUACAAGAAACGACAAUUCUGCCAAGAAAUCUACAGUCACAAUCGAUUCCUUUGGCACCUAUGGUAUCACCAACUUUCGUUCCCGGAAGAUGGGAUAUAAGAAACAUUAUUUAUCCAAUACCAAACAUUCCAAUUGUUAAUUCUAGUUGCAACACAACAACAGUAUCAAAUACAGUUGCUGUUAGUUCAACUAUAGCUCCUCAGACUGUUCGGCCAGGAUCAGGAAGCAGUAAUCCUUUUUUGACAGUUCGCUUAAAAACGCCCAAGGGCUCCUUAACAAAUAUUCGUAUUAAUCCUACUACAACAAAAAAACCAACAACGACAAGACGAAGGAAAUCAAACAAAAAGUCAAACGAUUAUGAAAUAUGCUUAAGAUCGUGUGAUGGCAAAAAGGAGCCGAUUUGUAGCAGCCCUAUUGGAGUGUUCCCAAUUAAUCCAGAUAGGCUGAAGGGCUUCGCGUCGCUGUGUCAUAUGGCGUGUCAUAACUCAUUUAGGAAGGACCAAGUCUACGAAAAAGUGACCGAAGGCAGAUGUGGGAGGUUACGUACCCGUAUUCGACCAGUGGACAAGAAUAAAUUAAACAGAGACGAGUUAAACAAAGCCACAUACACAAUACAACAUAAUGCUCCGGAAACUAUCAUGGAAUUUUCGCCUUUAACGCAUUAAAAUAAGACACAUUAUACCUUAAGUAAUUGUCGAGAUUAGUCAAACAUCACACGUAAACUAGUCGUGUUUAUAGACAGCAGUAUACGUUAACCCAUUAAAUGCGGCUAACGCUUUUAAGACCCCACAAUUGCUAUAAAACCUAAAUAUUGUUAGAGCAUUAAAUGGGUCAAAUAUAAAAACAUCCUUUGAAAAUAUCUCAUUUUUUAAAUGAUUAUGCCAACUGUACUUUAAAAAAAUUCAAAAAGUAUAUUUGAUGAACUAAGAAUAAUGACUUCACUAAUAAUUUUUAUUUUAAAAUAUAAUCAUAGUUACUUUUGACUGAUCACUCAAUUUAUACGCAUUAAUUAUUAUUUGUUAAGAUUUCUAUAGUAUUACUAACAUCAAUAUGUUAUGACUUAAAAUUUUACUUAAACGAUUCCGUCCAUGUAGUAAGUUAUUGGUUUUAUUAAUAUUAAGUUAUAUUUUUUAUGAUAACUUUU